AUGAAUUCCCUUCGUGCACACCAAAAGCAUUCAUCACCACCAAGAUCGAAGAAGAACAACAACAACAUUUGGCAUUCCAUUGAAACACCUCUUCACAUGACACCAUCUUGCAGCAGUAAUAGUAAUAGAAAACCGAUGAUGAACACCUUCUCAACAUCCCCUUCUUUGACAUUCCAGCAACCUCAAAAUUUUUACAUGUUCAGUUGUUUUCAAGAAGAUGAAACAGUGUGUCGCACCAACCAUGAGAAUGAACACCACCACAGCAUGCUGGAUAAGCUUUUGAAUUGUUUAGUGGUACAGGCGCCUUUUUAUCUUCAAUGCAACAGCAGCGAGUCAGGAGGAGGAGGAGGAAUUCGACACACCCAACAACAUGUUGUUGUUGUAGAUUCUCACUCCACUGUCGCACAACAUGAUGUAGAGUCAGCACCAAGCACUGAGGAAAACAACUCCCAUCGAGUUCUAUCAUCAUCUUCUUCACAGCAUGCGACUAUGAGUGUAUUAACACCUCCGCCAUCAUGGCUACAACAUGCAUCAUUACUUGAGAACAUCAGACAAGAUCCUUUGCAACAUGUGAAGGAUUUGCAACACACACAUCUCUCUAGACUUCUCACGUAUAUUCAUAACAAGAAAGAAACAUUCACAUGUUUGAAAUUUGAUAUAUUCUCAGCACCAAAUGCUCAACAUAAAGAGAGAAUUAACAAAGCAAUGAGUGCUGUCUAUGUGGUUUCAGGAAUACUAUACUUUCCAAAAAAGGAAUACAUUCGGUGGAGUUUAAAAGCCAUGUUGGACGCUCUCAGAACACGAAAGAGUUAUCGAGAAGAAAUUCGAUUUGGAUUUUAG